UUUAACCUAAAAUCAGUUUCGUCAAUCUGUAAAUAAAUGUAUAAAUUUAUAAUUCCAAAUUGUAACUGUAAAUUGUAAACAUUUAUUUGAUAGGUUACAAAAGAAAUCAUGUGUUCGCUAAAUGAUUGCAUAUAUGAUGGUAACAAUGAUGAAAUGAAUAAAAACACAAAACAUUCAUUAACGAAUACAACGCUAUGCAGGAAGUGCAGGCAUGAAGAUGUUGAUGUCUUAUUAAUCGGCCAAAGUGGUUAUUGUAAAACAUGCUUUAUUACUAUGACAGAUCAUAAAUUUAGAGCUGCGCUUGGCAAAUCAAAAAUUAUUCGUCAGGGUGAUUCAAUAUUGGUCGAUCACUCAGGUGAAUUAAAUUCCACUGUGCUCUUACAUCUUAUUAAAUCUGGUAUGAGUCAGUCUGCUCACAAAAAACUCAUCUUUAAGACAUUAAUUUUAUAUAUAGAUGAUGGUGAUAUAAUGGGAAGAACGAUUGACGAAAGGAACAUUUUGAAAUAUAAAAUUGCUAAAGAAAUAAAAGAUUCUGGAUUUAAUGGAUAUGCCGUAUCAUUGAAUCAAAUUUUGUGCGAAGAAAAUACCUUGGAUAUCAAACCUAUUGAUCAAGAAAUAUGUUAUGAACACGAGGAUCAUCUGUGUACAAUACUGGACAAUUUGCCAGAUAACACUUCAAGAACAGACCUAUUAAAUCAAUUACGUCGAAGAUUGCUAAUAUUGGCAGCACGAAAACUUGGUUGUAAUAAAAUAUUUGUAGCAGAUUCUGCUAUGGAAAUUGCUACAAAAGUACUGGGAGAUAUAUGUUUAGGACGAGGUGCGCAACUUUCUACGCUCGCAAACUUCUGUGACACUCGUGACGAAGUAAAGAUACUUAAACCGUUGAGAAAUUUCACACAACAAGAACUAGUAUAUUAUUCGGAGCACUAUAAGAUAAAAUCUAUUAAAUUGAGAGAAUCCAAUGUGACAACACUAGCAACUUCUAUACAAGCGUUAGCACACAACUUUACAGCAGAUCUAGAAUCUCAAUUCUCUGGUACAAUAUCUACUAUAUUUCGUACAGCCGAAAAAAUAAGUCCGAGAAUCAACUCGCAACAAAAUGCGGAAGAUAAUUGCGUGUUGUGUGACGCAAGAUUGGAUGCUACAUCUUCUACUGAGGAAGUAUCCGCCAUGAGAGCAAUUGAAGUUUCGAAGCUAAUGUCCUCUAAUAUUGAGAUAAAGACUUCUAAUGAUAAAGAAAAUGAAAAAUCGAAUUAUACAAGUUUAUGCUUGGAAGAUAAAAUAUACUGUAAUAAUAACACCGAGUGUUGUAAAAACAAUAAGACAAAAAUAACUGCAGAAGAUGUUUGGAGGUACCUCUGUUAUAGUUGCAGAUUAAUAUUUCGAAAUUCGGAGAUUUUAAGUAUCUUGCCAAUUCCAUUAUUAUUUGCCGUUCAACAAAGAUUAGCCUUAAAAAGUAUGAGAGAGGAAAUUAAUGACUUUUUGUUAUAAAUAAAUGAAAUUUUAGUUGCAAUAUAUU